UUUAGAAUUUUUAUCAAAAAAUCGUCUGAAACUUAAAAUUAGUGUGCAAUGAGCAUUCAUAUUUGUCCUAGUGUUGGGUGGAGCCCAACUCUUUCCAAGAACAAUCACAGAAUGCGGCCUGCAAAAUUAUAUUCUGUAUACAACAUGCAGCCCAGAGGGACUAGAGCAGGAAAUUUUAGAUCGGAGAUAAGCAAAAUUUUUGUAAAAUAUUAUCGCUACUCAGUGCACACUUCCUAAGUGUUCAUUGCAUGUUUUAGCGAACAAGGUUAGAGUUAUUAUAAACUUGGCUAAGAUAUUCACACUUCUUAGAAGUAUCAAGAUGGCAUGAUAGGAAGCUAAAAUUCUGACCGCUUCCUGAUGGACACUUUCCCGAAUAGUACCAUCAUAGUGUACUAGGAGUCAUUUGCCAUUUUUGUUA